AUGAGCGGCUUUGAAGUCGCUGGUGUCGUCUUGGGGGCAAUCCCUCUCAUCAUCUCUGGCCUCGAGCACUGGCACGAAGUCGCAAAGGUCUGGGGCUACUACAGCCGCAUUCGAAAGGAGCACAAAAAGUGUCUCUACGAUGUGCGGCUCUACCAAAUUCUAUACAUGAGAAACUUGGAGGAACUCCUCUUGCCAAUCGUGGACAGUCCCGACCAUGUAACUUUCCUGGUCAACGACCCAGGUAGCGAGCACUGGAAGAGCAAGACCCUGGAGGCGAGGUUGAAAGACCGUCUGCAAGGGUCUUACCCUAUAUACAUGGAGAUCAUCAACAACAUGAAAGAGGCCAUCGAAGAGUUACAAAAAGUUUUGUCUGUCGACAACAUUACGAUUCAAGCAAAAUUACACCCGUCAGAAAACGGUCGACCACAAAAACAAACCUCGUUCCUAACGUCGACGAGGACAAAGUGUGACUACGAACUGUUUCGAUUCAAGUUCAGUCUCACUGAGCCAAAACGAGGCAAGAUCGUCGGUGACCUCAAGGAGUGCAACGAGCGACCAGAGAAGCUGCUUAAGAGAAGCUGCUUAGCAUAA